ACUGAUGCUGUAGGAGCUGGUCAGUGCCGCCCUUUGCCCGUGGAGUGAAGGCUGGACGGGAGACCGGUCGAGUGAGAGCUGCGGUCCGGCAGCCUGCUGCAGCACCGCGAUGUUUCGCGGGACCAGUGCCGAUCGUGGCACGGUGAGGAGACCGGCCGGCGGCGGCGGCGGCGAGCCGAACGGAUUGUGGAGCGAGCCGGAGCUGGAGACGGGAAGUCGGCAGCAUCGCGGGGAGGGGGCGAGCGGCGGGCGCCGGGACAAGGUAGACGAGGCCCGGCGCAGUACAGAGUCCGAAGUGUUUGACGAUGGUACCGUCACUUUCUUCUGGAGAGCUCACACCUUGACUGUGUUAUUUAUCCUGACUUGUGCACUAGUUUAUGUUACCUUAUUGGAAGAAACUCCUCAGGACACAGCCUAUAAUAUUAAAAGAGGAAUUAUUGCCAGUAUUCUGGUGUUCUUGUGUUUUGGAGUCACCCAAGCAAAAGAUGGACCAUUUUCCAGACCUCACCCAGCAUACUGGAGAUUCUGGUUAUGUGUCAGUGUUGUAUAUGAGCUGUUUCUCAUCUUCAUACUUUUUCAGACUGUUCAGGAUGGACGUCAAUUUAUGAAAUUCAUCGAUUCAAAACUAGGGGUACCCUUGCCUGAGAGGGACUAUGGUGGCAACUGUCUUAUUUUUGACCCUGGAAAUGAGACUGAUCCCUAUCACAACAUUUGGGACAAAUUGGAUGGAUUUGUCCCAGCUCAUUUCCUUGGCUGGUACCUUAAGACACUAAUGAUUCGAGACUGGUGGAUGUGUAUGAUAAUCAGUGUGAUGUUUGAGUUUCUGGAGUACAGCCUAGAGCAUCAGUUACCUAACUUCAGUGAAUGCUGGUGGGAUCAUUGGAUUAUGGAUGUGUUUCUAUGCAAUGGAUUUGGAAUCUAUUGUGCAAUGAAGACAUUGGAGUGGCUUUCAAUGAAGCCUUACCACUGGCAAGGACUCUGGAAUAUUCAUAGCUACAAAGGGAAAAUCAAGCGCAUUGCUUUCCAAUUUACACCAUACAGCUGGGUGAAGUUCGAAUGGAAACCAGCCUCAAAUCUUCGCAGGUGGCUGGCAGUUUGUGGAAUUAUUUUCAUGUUCCUGCUUGCAGAGUUAAAUACAUUUUACUUGAAAUUUGUCCUCUGGAUGCCUCCUGAACAUUAUCUCGUCUUGCUACGUCUAGUUUUCUUUGUUCACGUAGGAGGUGUAGCAAUGCGUGAGAUUUAUGACUUCAUGGAUGACCUGCAUUUCCAUAAAAAACUUGGUCAGCAAGCUUGGUUGGUAGCUGCAAUCACAGUGACAGAAUUCUUAAUUGUGCUGAAGUACGACCCAUAUACGCUCACACUUCCGAUUCCUUUUUAUGUUACCCAAUGCUGGAUCCUUGGCUUUAUACUGGUCCUGUCUUGGACAAUAUGGCGUUUCUUUAUACGAAUCGGGAAGGCAGCAAGCCAGAAUCGAUUUGAAGAAAAAAAUCGGCACGUACACCAUGCACACACAACUGCCCACACAAGACUUCACAGUCAUGGUAGUCUUUCUCAGGAAGUUCCGCUUUUGGUGGAUGAAGUGGAGACGCUCAAUGAACCAGUCCUCCAAUUUAUGACAAGUUUCACUGUUGUAGAGGAGGCCGCAUCGGGAACACCGGACACAUUAGAUGAUCCCAGCAGAUUUGCAGGAAUAUCACUCUACGAUGGAAGGAAACCAGACUGCAAAAACGGGACAAGGCAAGUGAAAAGGACAAGAUUGGCAAUGGCAAUGCAAAUCCUUUUAUGAAAAGCAAGCAUAAUGGCGGUGAUACAAGGCAAAGGAAAUAAGGAAAUGCUGAAUGUCAUGAAGCAGGAACACUGACAACUAUGCACCAUAACAGGAUUGCAAGAGCUGCUUUCUCCAAUGGUUAACAGCAAUGACACUUCAGUUGUUGACUGAUAUGUAUAUUUUGUUACAUUCACUGGGUGUUUAGUGCUGCAGAGUCAAUAUAUUAAGCUAACUAUAUUAUCAUAAUUUCAUGAAACUAAAUCUUGCCAAUGUACAAUAUUUUGGAUCAAUGUUUCUUACACUACUUGCCAACUUACAGUUGUACAAACUGGUUCUAAACACCCAUAGGUUAAUUUAAUCUCAAAAUGCAUGUGAAUGUGGAUUAUAAACUAAUUACUAACUUGGUCAUGUCUUGCCAAGAAUUUAAUUUAUUCCAUUAAUGGAAUUUUGAAGUGGCCAGCACUGUUGGAUCUAGGAACAAUUCAGGCUUCCAAGCCUAAUACUUACCAAAAAGUGCAGAAAGAAUUCAACCUAGAAUACCCUAGCAACUUAAUUUUAUACUGGAUGUUGCUGGUUAUAUCAAUGCACUGAAAAGCAAAAUGUUUUUAUCUUUAUUUCAGGCUGUUAAAUUUGUCAACCUUAGAUCCAUAAGUAUCCAAUUAUGCAGUUGGAUACCUGGCUGCAUCUAACACUGCUGGCCAGUGUUUUGUAAGAAAACUUCUUCCUUGUAAUGCAUUGAAUAUUUUGGCACCUUUGUAAACAAAAAAAAACAGUUUUGCUUUCAUGAAAUUACGGUAUUCAAACCCUUCAGCAAUAGUAAUAUUGGUUUUGAAUUCUUAAAGCCAUAGUUGUAUAUGUCAUAUAUACUGUCAUUUCAUCCAGAAAUUGAAAUCACUGAUGUUUUUAUAUUUGGAGUUAACUUAUAAAAUAGUACUUGAUUUUUUUUUCUAGUAUGCUUCAUUAUGCCAUUUUUAAGAAGCUGGUGAAUUUUUUUUCUCUGAACACUGGGUACAUGAUGGAGUGAGAAUUUAGUCUGUUAAACAAAGCAAAAAAUCUACUGUGCUAACUUUAUCUGAAACAGUUUUUGUUUGAAGCAUUAAGGAUGUGUCCAAUCUCUAGAUUGUGAAAAUUAUAUUUGGUUUUAUAAGCUAAGAGGCCUUGAGAAGAAUAUAAUGUAAUGAAGUCUUGGACAUGCUCACUUUAGAGUAGUGCUCUGUCUAUAAUACAGGGUGCAUACUAAUGGUGUUAGAUUUUAAAACAUGGUGGGUCCAGUCAGUUAUUAGUUAAGUGAAGUGUAGGUGCCUAGAUUUUGUAACUAACAAAAUAAUCAGAAUCUGAGCAAUAAGAAUAUAUUUUCUUUUUAAAAGAAUACAAUCCUGUGUAUAUAGACAGCAGUUUCCUGGACAAGUCACUACAUAAUGUGAGGGUAUUGGUUUGCUAGCUUUAACACCUCUUAUUCAGAGGAAUCAUUAUUGGUAUAACUUCUGUUUUCCUCUACCACCUAUAAUACCUAUAAUGAAGUAGAAAAAUAAAACCAAAAUGAUGUGUAUCUCUUAAGACUGUGCUCUCAUUCUUCACUCAUUUAUAAAAUAACCCCAUGGCCAAGGAGGUGUUAAAGUAUCUUGUUAUGACCCAUGGCUGAAAAGUAUCAUUAUUCCUGAGAAAAUCUGUAUCACCGAGCACAUCCCUUAGCUGGUAUCCCUGCCUCCAUAAAAGGCAAACCACUUUUCAGGAGAUCAUUGUUAUGUUCCCUUCCUCCCCACAGCAAGUUUGACGCCAUUUCAUAACAAUACACUGUAACGUUACUCUUUCCUGUGAUAACAAUCUUAUUUUGAUGUGACUAUUUCUUUGAAGUUAACCUCACUCAUCUUUAAAGUUAGUCAAUUAAUGAACAGAUUACUUUGCUCUAAUUUAAGCUUGUCCAUGAGGCUAUUAUGCUUUUAUGGUUUCAGAAGGUUUUUCUAGUAGAACCUGAAUGUAAUUAACGUCAAUUCCAAUUCUCAGGAAAUCCACUUUUUUUCUAAGCUUUUGUAACUCUCUUUUCAUAUCUGUUGAAUUGUCAGUGUUUGCACUUACUACUUCAGUGGACUUGAUUUGUGUUUACAUUUUUUGAGCACUGAAUAUUUCUUUCUGGAAAAUAUAUAGUAUUAAAAUUAUUAACAAUG